CCACCUGCAGCGAGGAAGUCUGCUUUGAUCUCGACCAUCCUUAUAACUAUCUAUUCAUGACGCCCCCCAAAAAAACGUGCAUGGGUAUCGAAAACGUGACCUCUCCAUGACUGAAUGAAAUUUAUGCCGCUAGGAACCACGCCAAGACUCGCUAGGGAUUUCCCUUACCCAGAAAGUCCCUGCGGCUCCAAACAUCACACGUUCUAUCAACACAUUCCAUCAUGUCAGACACAGGAACAAUACCAAUCCGCCUCUCUUUUGGCGGUGGUCUAGAAGCCUACUUUUCAAACAAACGCACUCAAACCGUCCAAGUGCCAAGUAAAGACGAAUCCGGCGCCCCGUCAAACGCCGCUUUCCUGAUCCGAUAUCUGCACGAGAAUAUCAUGCAAUACCAUGGCGAGGCCAAAAACAAUCCAUUCGUAACACCUGAGGGUGACGUGAGACCGGGCAUUCUCGUGUUGAUUGGAGAUCCGGAUGAGAUUGAUGGCGAGUUGGCAGACUGGGAGCUGGAGGGUGAGGGUGCAUAUGUGUUGAAGCCAAACACGCUGGUGUCGUUCAUUUCGUCGUUGCAUGGAGGGUGAAAGCUUGGAUUGAAGCAUAGACAUGGGGGCGUGAAGCAUAGACGAUACUACUGUUCUGAUCUGUGGAGGAGGAACAUGCAACCAUGUCAUGGGCGACGCGA